UUUUUUUUAAAUAAUGUCAUACGACACAGCACUCACAGUAUUUUCUCCAGAUGGUUAAUUAUUCUAAGUAGAAUAUGCAAUGGAAGCAGUUAAAAGAGGUCUUUGUUGUGUUGGUGUAAGAGGAAAAGAUGCCAUAAUAUUGGGAGUAGAAAAGAAAGCCACAUCUAAAUUGUAAGAUGUUAAAACAAUUAAGAAAGUAUAUUAAUUGGGUAUUUAUUACAUAUAUAUCUAGAUCAUAAUCUUUGUAUGACUUUUUCUGGAUUGAAUGCAGAUGCAAGAAUCUUGGCAAAUCAAACUAGAUUAUAAUGUUAAUAAUACAAGAUUUACUACGAAGAUGAUCCUUCUGUUGAUUAUAUUGCUAAAUUUACUAGUCAACAAUAAUAAAAAUUUACUUAAAGAGGAGGUGCUAGACCUUAUGGAAUUUCAACUCUUAUUGCAGGAUUUAGUAAUAAUAAACCAAAGCUUUUCUAAACUGAUCCUUCAGGAGCAUGUUCAGAAUGGAAAGCAACUUCAUUGGGAAAGAGUGCAAAAUAAGUCAAAGAUUUUUUAGAGAAACAUUGGAGAGAAGGUUUACAUGAGAAAGAUGCACUUUUACUUACAACUAAAGUAAAAAUAUAUAUUUUAUUAAAAAAUAGGCUUUAAUGGAUGUUGUUGAGAGUGGUAAUAAAAAUAUUGAAUUAUGUGUUAUUAGAAAGAAUGAAUGCUGGUUUUUGAAUGAAAACGAGGUUGAAGAAUUAACAAAAAUAACAGCUUAAUUAUAAUGAAAAUUGAUAUGAUAAAAAAUGUUAUUGAGAAAC